AUGGAUUCUAUCAAGAUUUCAAGCAUCCAAUCUGCAGGCCAAUUCAAAUUCAACCAAUCCCACAAAGUGAUCAAGUUUUUACUCUCGGUCUCAGUGUUUUCAAUCUUGCUCUCUUACUCUUCUUUGAUCUCCUUCUUUCUCGACUCCUUCAAUUCCUUCACAUUUUCUAUAAAUUUCGAUAAGAACUACAUGUUUUUACUUUGCAAUGGACUCUUGGUGUUCAUUGUGAAGAACUCCGGUCUCAUUGGAACUUCUCCACCAGGAAGUUCCAAUCUCACCAAUGAAGAACACGAUCUCAAGAGUGUCGAAAGCCGGCAAAAAACAGUUGAAUUGGCAGAAACCAAGGCAACAAAAUCUCCAAAAGCAAAGGAAGAAGUUGUCAACGUCGAAAUCGAGCAAGUGAAAGCAAGAGCAGAUGAAAUAUUGGUGUCAGUGGAAGAAGAAAAACGGGUUUUGAUUGCUGCUGAGGAGGAAGAUGAAUACUGCAGAAACAACUCUCUUGUGGUGGACGAUCAUGAUUUGUAUGAAGAGGAAGGGGUUGAAGUGCUGAGUGCAGAGGAGUUGAACAAGAAGUGUGAUGAUUUCAUUAGGAGAGUGAAGGAAGGAAUUAAACUUGAAGUCCAACAGUCAAUCAUGUUUUGA